AUGCAAGCAUUAAAAUAUAAAAUUAAUGUGAUUGAUUUUUCCGAUUUCACAAAUUUAGAAUCUAUUGGUAAAGGAAAAAUCCAUAGAGCUGCAUGGAACGAUUGCAAAACAACUGUAGCUCUAAAAUCAUUCCAAGAAAAGAAUGAUGAAUUUUUUAAGGAGCUUAAGGCCUUUAUAGAUUUUUAUAAAGUUAGUUGUCAUCCAAACAUUAUUGGAUUUUAUGGAGUUACCAAAU